CAAUCUUCUCAGAUGCUGUCUUCGAAUUUUUUCAGAAAGAACGUAAUAAGAAUAUCGUCUCCUAUUAGAGCUUUCAGUUCUUCUAGCAUAGCGAGAGCUGAUGAAUAUGCCAGAUCCGCUGAACAAAAACAAAGAGCUCAAGAACGUGAAUUGACUAAAAAGAAUGAACAAAGAAAAUUAUCUCGUCGUCGUGCUUUAGCUCGUGAGCCUGCUGAUAAAUCACCAUACUACCAUGAUAUACAUACAGCUUUGAGAUAUCUUAGAGCAUCAGAAGUUGGAAGAAGUCCUUCAGAAGCUGUCAUAACCGUCACUUCAACACUCAUAGCUGAAAGAGGUAAUGCUAAAUUAGCAGGUUCAGUUAAUUUUCCAAAACCUAUGAAAGACAGUAAAACAUUAUUCUUUACAACAGAUGAAUCCCAAGCAGCUGCUGCCAAAAAUGCUGGUGUCACAUUAGUUGGUGGUCCAGAAUUAAUAGAACAAAUUAAACAAGGUGAACUAGAUUUGAGUUUUGAUAGAGCUUUUGCUACACCAGAAAUUGCUUCUCAAUUAGCACCAAUUGCUAGACAAUUGGGUCCAAAAGGUUUGAUGCCAAGUGCAAAACGUGGUACUGUUGUUGAAGAUAUCGCAAGUACUAUAAGUGAAGUUUCAGGUAGUAUUCCAUUCAGACAAAAAGGUGAAAAUUUAUCAAUUGCAGUUGGUAGAGCUAAUUUCACUGAUAGGGAAAUCAUGUUGAAUAUUAUUGCAGCUUCAAGAGCAUUUAGAGAAGCUAUUCAAACCCAAAAGACUAAGAAGAAAGCCUUACUUGGUCACACAACUAUAACAUCUACACACGGUCCAGGUAUUCUCAUUGAUUUCAAAUAGAGAGAUAAUUUGUAAAUAUUAAAGGGAGAAUGAAGAGAUUAGGAUGGUUUCAUACUUGAUUUUAGGAUCUGUACAUAUAUAAAAUUCAACAUUAUAGUCAUUUAGAUGAGGUUGUAGGUGUUGCCAAAUGAAGGCUUACGGAGGGCUUAUAAACUUGAAAUUCCUUAUAACUUGGGAUGUUCAAUACGUUUACUUAUUAUAUACGAUAUUAUGAUAUCUUCAAAAUGUCAUAAU